UCACAAAUCUUCCAUUUCACUCGGGCUCAGCCUCCGCGCGCUGCGGAGAGGAAAUAGCACGCUCCAAAGCACGCGGCUGCGUAUCGGCUACUCCCGAAAUAGUCCCCCCGCGCAGGGUGCCGGCCCAUCGACGUGCUUUUAGUAUGCUGCGCGCAUGCGACACGCCCGCACCCUUCUGCGCUCCUAGUAGCUCGCCUCUACACUCGCGAAUCACCAAAUAACUCUUAAAAUUAAUUAAAACAAAUGAAAUGGUCGCUAUAUUAGCUAACCCGAAAUGGAGCGAGGACCUCACCAUCCAGAUGAUCAUUGAAUACGAAAAAAGAGAAUACCUGUGGAACCCGGUUUCAGAAAACUACAAGAACAAGAAAAUACGCGAACAGGGAUACGUCGAAAUACUGAAAACUCUUAAUUUAGUCGACAUAACGGUCAAGGAGUUGAAAAAUAAGAUAAAGAAUAUACGAUCGUCCUACAGCGUCGAGUUAAAGAAAAUUCGCGCGGCAAGGAAGGCUGGCGCGCAUGCGUACAGGCCGAGCGUCACGUGGUUCGAGCACGCAGACAGGUUUCUGCGAGCGAUCGUCACUCCCAGCUCCGUCGACAAUAGCUUGCUCGAGAUCGCUAUGAGUGACGACAGCGACGCCGUGCAAGAUUUGAGCGAGCGGAAAUCUCCGGAAAAGAAAAGCCCACGCAAACGACGCAGCUCGACGCGGUCGUCAACGCCGUAUGUAUUAAACACGCCGUCCCCGCGUCCGAGUACGCCCUUCGGGCUCAAUCAGACUUCGUCCCCGUUCGGGAUCCUCCCGAGCUCGACAUCCGCUCCAUUUCUUAAUCCCCCCGUCGGUAUAGCAACGCCGCUAAUAACCUCGCUUGCAACCAUCUAUCCGGUGCCGAUCAAACAAAAAAAGAGUAACUUCGACGAUCGGAGCGACCAGUCGGAAACGCCGCAGGACUUGAGUCAGCAUUCGGAGAGUGGAAACGAGAAUGAAUUCGAAAUGUUCGGUAAAUUGAUUGCGAGCCAGCUUCGAAAAUUACCGCUCAGUUUGGCACUGGAUACGCAGUUAAAGAUCCAAACGCUAGUAAAUGCGGCCAGAAUACAAGCCGUAUAUCAACAAUACAGCUAUGCGGGUCCUUCGCAGGAGGCCUUGUCUGUGCAGGCACUUUCCAACGGCAUACUAGCAAGCAUGGCCUCCCAAAGCCCUUACACAUCGAGGGUAGUGAUGGACCUGAGAAACGAUUCACCCGACGACUUGAAUUUGAAAACAGAAUACAAUCUUGGAUCUGAAUUAGAAGAUUAGGUAUCUAAAAAUUAAUGUUCUGGACUUCAUGUUGAAGCUGUUGUAUCUAAAGAAUUCGACAAGAUUGAUUGCUUCACCUGCAUUGGCCCCUUCAGCAUUAUUUGACUAAUUGCUGAAACAAUUUGCGGUCAUUACUUAUGCCGCAUCUAAAUUUUCUUCAUUACGGAUAUGCGUGCCAAAUAUUCCUAUGCAGAUGUUUUGCCUGUUUACAUUAAUUACGGGAUGCAUUUCAUUCAUUCUAUAGAUAGAACGAAUGAUACGUCCGUCUGCAUAAUAAAGACAGUCCAAACAUAAAAAUAAGGAAAUAAAGAGGGGGAAAAGAAAUAGAGAAAACAAUGUUCACGUAUUAAGUUUAUGCAUACUGAAACAUUCAACAGUGAAAGGAAAACUCGCGAUUUACUUGGCGAUUCGAUUCUGAUAAUCGAGUCAGACUCAGACCUGAAAGUCAUAUACAGAAGAAAAAGACUUUAUGUAACAGACAGACAGUAUGUGUAGCUGGUAUAGAGAUAAAAUAUUUCUUGUUAACUAACCUGUUGAAAUUUUCCUCGUCGGCAUUGUAUUCUUAUGUGUUUUAGAUGUUUAUAUAAUAAUGUGAUAGAUGUUGUUAUAAUAAGACCGCGAAUUUUAUACACAUUUAGCAGUGAUUAUUAUUAUAUUGUAAAUGCCAAAGUACAAAAUAUUCGAAAAUAAUAUACAAUUGAACGCAGACGGGAUUAGAGUUUUGAUCUAGUCGUCUAGAGUGAGUUUAAGUUAGAUUUCAACGUUUGGCUGUGUUUAGGUUAUUUUGUUUUGUUUCGAUUUUGACGGAACUUUUUGUAAUAAUUAUAAGUAAAAACCCAAUUGGUGUUUGAUUUUUGUAUAAGCAGGAUUACGGUUUUGUAGCAAUUAAAUUAAUCUCAUUUUUAUUGUAAAAUGUUUUAAAGGAAAACGUUCAACACUCGUAUACCUAAUUGAAACGAUUUUGAGACUUGACUUAUAUUUUUUUAAAAGGUAAAUAAAAGUUUUGAAAUGUCUGUGUAUUAGAAGUAUAUUACGAAUUUAUUUUCAGUGUGAUAGAUGUAAAAUUGUAUGCCAUUAAUAGAUGUUAAAAUGUGAUUACCAUGACAGAAAAAAGUUAAAAAAAUACCUCAUUAUAGAAUAGUAUAGAUUUGAUAUUAGCGCGGAGUAUAUUUUAUCUGUUAUUCGAUGUGCCACAGUUAUAUAAACGGUAUGUGAUUUAUUAAAUACAAAAAUUUUAUAAACCCG